GCCUCUGUUUGCUCCGCACAUCAGCAGCCAGGCUCCUCUCCCCCCUCUCUCUCCCUCUCCCUCCCUCCCUCUCUCUCUCAGUGAGACAGAGCCAGGCCAGCAGGCAGCGGCAGCGCGUCCGCCCGGAGAGAGAGAGAGAGAGAGAGAGCCCACACCGCAUAGCUGCACUGCCGACCGAGCAGCAGUCAUCAUACUCGCUCCCCUCUCUGACGGAUGUCUCCGCUCUUACCGCAUCCUUUUGACACCGGACUGCUGCGCUGUCGUAGCCGCGUUUAACGGAAGAACACCACAUCCCCUGUGUGUAUGUGUGUGGGUUUUUUUGUUUUUAUUUUUUUUUUAUUUAAUUCAGGGGACUGGUUUGUCUCGACGACACAGGGAGGACCACAGUCCCUCCCCCCCUUCACCCCCUAUUUCCAUCGUUAGCUCGCUAAGCUAGCUAGCCCGCUAACUUAGCUGUGAUACUUUGUAUCGCAUCGGCGUCAGUUUUCUGCCUCGUAGCUAGCCUGCGGUCUCCUGCGGGUCUAGCAGGGGAUUGAGCCGCUUCGUCACUCAAGGAGCAUGUUUGAGUGACGACCAAACGAGGACGUGGGAUCUCUGACGCUCCGCCCCCACUGCUGGUGGAGCCCCCUGCACAUCUGACCAGAGACCCCUUUAGUUGUUUGGAGAGAUCCAUGGACAGGGAUAGGGAUGGCCUUGCUUUUGGUCUCUGAUGCAUUGCAGGUGUUUCUUAAAAACUGGGCCCCACUUGUUGAGUUGUGCUACUGAGGCACAUUCUUCUACCUCUUACAGAUGAGGAGGUUUGCCUACUGUAAGGUGGUUUUGGCCACCUCUCUGGUGUGGGUGAUGCUGGACAUGUUCAUUCUGCUCUACUUCAGUGAGUGCAACAAGUGUGACGAUAAAAAGGAAAGAGGACUACCUGGGAGAGAUGAUGCCCUGUCCAGGCCGCGGGACGGGCCUGGUGAAGGGGGGAAGCCUGUGGUGAUCCCGAAGGAGAACCAGGAGAAGAUGAAGGAGAUGUUUAAGAUCAACCAGUUCAACCUCAUGGCCUCUGAGAUGAUUGCUCUCAAUCGGUCACUACCUGACGUCCGCCUGGAAGGGUGCAAGAACAAGUUAUACCCAGAUAACCUUCCUCGUACCAGCGUGGUGAUUGUAUUUCACAAUGAGGCGUGGAGCACACUGUUGCGAACGGUCCACUCCGUCAUCGACCGCUCUCCACACACACUGCUGGAGGAGAUUGUACUGGUGGACGAUGCCAGUGAGCGAGAUUUCCUUAAGCGGCCACUGGAGCAGUACGUCAGAAGGCUGGAAGUCCCUGUCCGAGUGGUGAGGAUGGAGCAGCGGUCUGGACUCAUCCGCGCUCGCCUCAAGGGAGCAUCCCUCUCUACUGGCCAGGUCAUCACCUUUCUGGAUGCUCAUUGCGAAUGCACAACUGGGUGGCUGGAGCCGCUUCUUGCCCGCAUCAAGCAAGACAAGAGAACGGUUGUGUGCCCCAUCAUUGAUGUGAUCAGCGAUGAUACCUUCGAGUACAUGGCGGGAUCCGACAUGACGUAUGGCGGCUUCAACUGGAAGCUCAACUUCCGUUGGUACCCUGUGCCCCAGAGAGAGAUGGACCGCCGCAAAGGAGACCGUACGCUGCCCGUCAGGACUCCCACCAUGGCAGGCGGCUUGUUCUCCAUAGACAGAGAUUAUUUCCAGGAGAUCGGCACAUAUGACGCAGGCAUGGACAUCUGGGGUGGAGAGAACCUGGAAAUCUCUUUCAGAAUUUGGCAGUGCGGUGGGACGCUGGAGAUCGUCACAUGUUCACACGUGGGUCAUGUGUUCAGAAAGGCUACACCCUACACGUUUCCCGGAGGAACAGGACAGAUCAUCAACAAAAAUAACCGGCGCCUGGCCGAAGUCUGGAUGGAUGAAUUUAAAAACUUCUUCUAUAUCAUCUCUCCUGGUGUGACCAAAGUGGACUACGGUGACAUCACGUCUCGCUCGGCUCUGAGACAAAAGCUUCAAUGUAAACCUUUCAGUUGGUACUUGGAGAAUGUCUACCCUGACUCCCAGAUCCCCAGGCACUAUUACUCCCUGGGAGAGAUCCGUAAUGUUGAAACCAACCAGUGCCUGGACAACAUGGCUCGCAAGGAGAAUGAGAAAGUCGGCAUUUUCAACUGCCACGGCAUGGGAGGCAACCAGGUUUUCUCCUACACAGCCAAUAAGGAGAUCAGGACAGACGACUUGUGUCUAGAUGUGUCCAAGUUAAAUGGACCCGUCAUGAUGCUCAAGUGUCAUCACCUCAAAGGCAACCAGCUGUGGGAGUACGACCCCGUGAAGCUGACCCUGAUCCACGUCAACAGUAACCAGUGUCUGGACAAGGCCAGCGAGGAGGACAGCCAGGUGCCCAGCGUCAGAGACUGCUCACACACACGCUCCCAACAGUGGCUACUCCGCAACGUCACACUACCAGAGGUCUUCUGACCACACUCCGCAUACUUGCAAACACACACACUCACACACACAGUGGCCCAGAGCGAGCAAUCGGAGGAACGGAGAGCGUUUGUUAUAAUUGGGCACAAGGAAAGGAAAGACUUCCCAUGAGGGGAUUCGGGAAGAGAGGAAGGACGUAUUGGACGGUACUACCUCUGCCGGAGGUCAGAGGGAGGAGUGUGUUUGACUCAAGGAAAGACUCCCUCUCGGAGACGAUGGCUGACGUUUUUGUUUUUAUUGUUUUUAAAGAGAUUCUAACGGAGAGAGGAGAGAGACUCGCUCCUGGGCGUGGAUAUGAGACUGACUGGUUCUGCACUCACGGCUUCCCUGGACAAAGCAGUCCACCCCUCAACUCAUCACUUAACGUUUACUGACCGACUCUUACGUGUGUGUGUGUGUGUGUGUGUGUGUGUGUGUGUGUGUGUGUGUCUGUGUGUAAUGUACUGAGAUGAAUGUAUGCUUUGAGAAGGGAGCUGAAUUCCUUUUUGUUUGUUUUUUUUCCUUUUUUUAUUUAAUUUUGUAAUGGAUUUUGAAAUUAACUCUGGUGAACUCUAUGAAGAAGGAUGCCUGUGUGAGCGAGUGUGUCACGCGUGAAUGUGUCAUGUGUGAGUCUGUUAGAGCCCCUCCUACAGUCUUGCAGCAGUGUGUGUCUCCCUCUGGUGUUACUCCUCGGCAUUUCACCCUACAGACUUCUCGCUGAGGGAUUUCCAGAGGGCCGCACAUAGAAAAAAAAAAACACGAGAGGACCGAACACGAGGACCUGACGUCUGCCCUUGGCAGAGAUCUAGAAGAUAGAGAAAUAUGAUGUUUGUGAUAUCUUGAGAUUUCUAUGUCCAGUUUUUACAUGGUUUCGUCUGUUUCUACAGUCCUGUGAGAGUGCCACAGAGCAGUAACCCUAGUCUGUCUGUCUGUCUCUGUUGUCUUUAAAGGUGUUUAACAUGCAUACAGUAGAGCUAACACACACACACACACACACAGCAGACUCUGCAUAUGUAACUGAUGUUCACUGCCUAAGGUAGUGUUAAACUAUAGGGAACUCUCCCGCAAGACACUACACACACACACACACACACACACACACACACACACACACACACACAGUCUGUAUACAUAUAGGAAAAGGAAACUUAAAUCCAUUUUCUCAUAUCUUCCUCUCAAUGACCUCUUAAAAAAAAAAAGUACACUCCAAGGGCUUCUUUCCUCCAGUGGAGUGUGUGGAUGGAUGUGUGGGUGUGUGUGCGUGUCUUCAGUACUAAUCCCAGUUAUGAACAAACAGCUCUCAGAUUGCCUCGCUGUUGGACAACCAAGAGCCCAUAGCGUAGACUGACGGCAGAUCAGCACAUCACUGCGUCCGUUGGACAAAAGAGCGAAACGCUGCUUUUAUUUUCUAAACAGAGCAGACUGUCCGCGCUCUCCCAGGGACAUUUAUCUACAGUAGGGAAAAAUAAAGCCUGGAGAGCGGCUGUAAGGAUAUCAAAGAGAAGUCACCAAGGUGUGUUAGGAGCGUAAAUCAGGGACAGGAUGAUAAUUGUGAAGAGCUGAAGGGAGUGGAGAGUUGAACUGUGGAUCACAGCAGAGCAUAUCUUAAUCCAUAAUGACAUAUCUCACUUUGAAAGCUCACCUGCAGUAGUUCACUAUUCAUAUCACAGUGAGGCAGACAGCUGAGCAGUUCCAUCGGCGUGUCACUCUCAUUCCAACCAUCAUGCUCUCUCUAUUCUCCCUCUUUUUUUUUUUUUUUAAUUUUCUAUCACUCCUGCGGCUGCAAGUCAGAGCAGGAGAGGUGAGUUUCAUAAAGGUUUUAACCAUUUGGGCUUCCUCCAGUGGAGGAGGGGUUUACACAUAGGACACCAGCUCGUCUUUGUUGUGGACAUGGAGGCGAGAGGAGGCUGUUGACUGAUUUCAUGUCUGAGCGAGUGACUGUGUGCUGAAGAUGUGAACGUUUCUUUUCCGACCGCGAGACAAAGGGCAGGGUAACGACUGUUCAGGUGGUGGGUUUGAAGAUAACCGACAUGUCCAGGCUUCCACACUGAGCUGAUCCAAAUGUAGAAAAUAAAGGCGAAAAAGUUUACAGAACGAUA